CCCUAUGACCCCAAAAUUCUCUCAACAGGUAACCUGGUUUACAUGUAGCUGCUGGCGGCUACAUAGUGGCGCCUGAACGUGGGAAGACCUGGCACGAGAGAAUUUCUUGAGGUAGCCCUAUCCAGCGAAGCUUCGCAGAAAAAGGUGAAAAUUAAUGGUGUCCGCACGGUGUAGUCUUUCUUAUGGAAAAAUACCAGUUCAUUUCAUGAUGGCAUUUGCACCUCCAAAAAGCAUCCAUGGCCCAAAAAUGCAGACAAAGAUGAGUACCUGGACACCUCUAAACCAUCAACUUCUGAAUGACCAGGUGUUUGAAGAACGAAGAGCUCUGCUUGGAAAAUGGUUUGACAAGUGGACAGACUCUCAAAGGAGAAGAAUUCUUGCAGGCCUGCUAGAGCGCUGCUCCCUGUCCCAGCAGAAGUUCUGUUGUCGAAAACUGCAGGAAAAAAUUCCAGCAGAGGCCCUGGAUUUUACUACCAAGCUUCCGAGGGUGUUAUCUGUCUAUAUCUUUUCCUUCCUGGAUCCCCGGAGCCUUUGCCGUUGUGCACAGGUGAGCUGGUACUGGAAGAGCUUGGCUGAGCUGGACCAGCUCUGGGUACUCAAGUGCCUGCGUUUCAACUGGUACAUCAGCUUCUCGCCAACACCCUUUGAGCAGGGCGUCUGGAAAAAGCACUACAUUCAGAUGGUGAGAGAACUUCACAUCACCAAGCCCAAGACACCUCCAAAGGAUGGAUUCAUAAUUGCCGAUGUUCAGCCAAUUCCUGGCAAUUCUCCAGAGGAGAAGCAGUCCCCUUCCUUAGCGUUUCGGUCCUCCUCCUCUUUAAGAAAGAAGAAUAACCCCGGGGAGAAAGAGCUUCCACCAUGGCGAUCGUCAGAUAAGCAUCCCACUGACAUCAUCCGCUUUAAUUAUCUAGACAACUGUGACCCUGAGCCCUUCAGAAGAAGAAAAAGAAGCGAAGUGACCCCAGACUUCAAGCGGCAGCUGCGAGAUAAGAAAAAUAAGCUUCAAGACAGAGCCAGGCUCAGGAAAGCACAGUCAUUGGUGUCCCUGAGUUCCCUUCCAGAGGUUCCAGUUCGUCUCGCCUGGCCUCUGCACCUGCUGGUGGCUCCCUCAGAUCCUGAAGCAGCGCCUAAAGCUUUUGUGGAGCACCCUCAGAAACACGCUGGACUUCAGUCACCCUCUCUGAGGCUCCAGAGUCAACGCUGAUUAAAAGGUGGAAAGGACUGUUCUAGAAACGACACGGUGUUCUUCACGGCUGAGAGCUGGAUUCUAGCGAGUCCACCCAUUAAACGCU